CGCUUUAGCUUUCAAAUAGCAAAAUGAGAGAUGCAGCCUAUAAUACAUGAUUUACGCCCUGUUGAGAAAUUACUUAAUGUAUACAGCCUUUCCACCCUAUAACCAUGCGUAAUCUCUAGUCCGCUACAUAUAGCUAUCAGCCUCAACCGUAAAUACAUACAUUUCAUUGACAAUCAAUCCUUGCAUAGAAGAGAAGAUUGCAAGAAAUAACUCCGCUCAUUUUACUUAUUCGGACGAAAUCCCAAAAAGGCGUCGUUCCUUCCCCUUCGUAUCUGAUUUUGUUGAAAACCCAUAACCAUCGAAUGUCUCAGCAAAACGAUCUGGGCUUCACACAUUCCUCUGCCGAUCGAGAUGUAGAAGCAGGAGGAAACAUAGCCACUCAAGUGAGCAAUUCAGACAAUUCAAAUGCAGUUACUGGCUAUUUCAAACAAUCUAGACUAGGUGCAUUAUUGUCAUAUUUAUUAGGCUCGAUUUUCACAGACAACUUCACACUGGUAUUUGUGGUGACUAUUUUACUUUUAUCAUUCGAUUUCUGGACUGUAAAGAAUAUAUCAGGAAGGCUGUUGGUAGGACUACGAUGGUGGAAUGAAAUUCAACCAGAUGGAACCAACAAGUGGGUAUUCGAGAGCGCAAGUCCCAGUAGAAUCAACAAUGCAGCAGAUACACGAUUGUUUUGGUGGACUUUAUACGGAACACCUGUACUGUGGGCUUUGUUUGCAUUCUCUUGUAUUAUGACGCUGAAGUUUUCUUGGCUAAUUAUUGUCGCCAUUGCAUUAGCAUUGAAUUUAGCCAACGUUUAUGGUUACACACAAUGCGAUAAAGACGCUAAAAGCAAGUGGGCUCAGAAUAUGGCGACCAGGACAGCCCUUGGCUCAUUGGGUAGUACUGCAACUGGAAUGGUUGGAAAAGUAUUUACAGGAGGAAUUAAUAGAAUGUUCAGCUCGCGAUAAACAAACCCUAUUUGACCUUAUUCACUUGACCGUUUUGUUUCCUUCUAUAAUCACAUGCUGCGUUCCAGGAAGCGCUUGGGCGAAAGUAACCGUACAAAGAAAAACAAAAUACAAUAAGAAAAAGAACCAACCUCUAUAAUAAAAUGUAUUGUGUAGUUCUAGUAAUAUAGAUGAGGUAUGAAAACAGUUAAGCUGAUGAUACUAUUACAUAAAUAGAGAAAUCAAAAUGUCUGAUCGUCACAAUAAACUGUGAGUAUUUGCUUUACUUGUGCAUUUUACGAGGCGCCUCAUUGAAACGACCAAGCAAAUCUUUCCAUAGUAGUGUAUUGUCAC